AUGGAACUGGUCCAAGCCUCCCACCUCUUCCACCGAACUGCAGCAACUCGAAGCCCUUUUAUCUUUGAUCUCACGUGGCUGACAAACUCUAGUGACACCUGGACAUGGAAGCUUGACCCUUCUGGAUCCUUUACCACCAAGUCUAUGCGAUGUUGUCUCCAAAAUGCAACUUUUGGACCGAAAACCUGGCCUUUUCCAUGGAACCGCUUGGCACCUCUCAAAGUAAAUAUCCUGGGAUGGCGUAUUGAACAAAACCGCCUACCUAUAAAAGAUUUGCUUCUUCAACGAAACAUUGCUGUCACCUCCCCAUCCUGCCCCAUUUGUAAUAACCAUGACGAGACGGUUGCUCAUCUGUUCCUGCACUGCCAACUUGCUGACUCUCUAUGGACAUUUCUUUCCUUAUGGUGCCGCCUCCCCUUACCAAAGCCUUCUAAUCUCAGAGAGCUUUUCGAUUUACACACGACGGCUGAAAUUGAUACAAGGAAGAAGAAGUUUGUUAACCUUGUUGUUCUCGCCUACUGCUGGAUUCUGUGGAAGACCCGGAAUGAUUUGGUUUUCAACAAUAAAGUUCCAUCUCUUCGCUAUGCAAUUAAAGAACUCAAAUCCCUCAGUUUCCUCUGGAUUGCUCAUAGGUCACCAAAUAAUACCAUCGAUUGGCAUAAGUGGAACUCCUUCAUUUUCUAG